AUGGUAGCAUUUGCAGGAAGCCAGGAAAGACCUUUCUAUUAGAUCUUGGAAACUGAGAGCGUGCCUUGUACUGCCUGGCUAGGACAAGCUUUUGGAGGUUCCAUUUAUCCAGAGGCAGAAUGGACCCUCUUCCUUGCUACUAAAAUUGAUGCCAGUUUCAACAAAGAGACUAAACUACCUAAGGAAACAAGGUUUCCUCUUACAAGGUACAAUCUUGGCUUCUCCGCCAUGGGUUGGUCGGGGGAGGGGGUUCUUGGAAAUGUACUCCAGAGACUUUCUUACUUAACCAGGAUACAAACUGCAUUGCUACAUAAUUCCCCCUGCUGA